GGCCCCCUCCACGCCGCCCUCCCGGAGGGCCCCCUCCACCCCGCCCUCCCGCCGGGGGAGACGCCCCCGCGCCUCUCCGCGCAGGCAGCCGGCGCCCCCCGCCUCGCCUCGCCGGGCGCCCCCCGCGCAACAGGCGCCGCGCCCCCCGCCGGAGAAGGUUCCGCCCCGGCCAGCGAGCCCUGCUGGAGAUCCGCAAGUACCAGAAGUCCACCAACCUGCUCAUCCGGAAGCUGCCCUUCGCCCGCGUGGUGCGCGAGAUCUGCCUGGAUUACACGCGGGGGGUCGACAUGCAAUGGCAGGCGAUGGCCCUGCUCGCCCUGCAGGAGGUAAGGGCGGGGAUCUGGGGUGGGGAGGGAGGGAGAGAGGGAGGGGCAGGCUGGCUUCCCCUUGGUCAGCGUCUCGGAUCUCCUUUCUGCAGGCUGCGAUGAAACUAUUCCAUUUGCGUGAGAACAGAAAAGGCUCCAGUCUCAUUAAGGAUUAGGAUCAAAAAGGUUAAAAGAAAUGGGAAAAUUGGUUUUAAAUAGGUAAAAAUCUAAUGUCAUAAUAUAUUAAGACUUAGGAUUGGAAUUAAAAGGGAGGGAAAGAAACUGCUGGGCUUACAACUGAAUUGGAAUACAAAAGGGGGAGGUAUGAGGAAGUCCGGGAAACAAGUAAAUGUAAAGGAAGUUAUGAAAAGACGGAACUAUUUUUAACUGUUUUCUUUUCUUUUUUACUUUUUUGUAUUUUGUAUGGUGUAUUUUUUUCUGUUUUUGUUAAAAUUUUCUUGUUUAUUAAUGUGAUUUUAUUCUUUCUGAAACUUUAAUAAAUAUCAAUUAAAAAAAAAACCAGAAGGCUCCAGUCCCUCUUGCCACUGCAGCCCCACAGCAGACCCUCCCUACGGACUGGGGGCAAAGGGAGCGGGCCCUUCUUGUUGCUGUUUAGUCGUAUACAUCUCUGCUAUACAUUUAAAGCGGAUUGGAAGAUGUUUAAAUCACUGUGAGAUGCCACAAAGAACCCAGGGUAAUUCUAGUCUCAAAGGCAUGGUGCCCAAAGAAAGCACGCCUUCUCUCACUUCUUUCCUGCAACUUUGUUGUUGUUUAGUUGUUUAGUCGUGUCCGACUCAUCAUGACCCCAUGGACCAGAGCACGCCAGGCACUCCUGUCUUCCACUGCCUCCCGCAGUUUGGUCAAACUCAUGCUGCUGGCUUCAAGAACACCAUCCCACCAUCUUGUCCUCUGUCGUCCCCUUCUCCUUGUGCCCGCCAUCUUUCCCAACAUCAGGGUCUUUUCCAGGGAGUCUUCUCUUCUCAUGAGGUGGCCAAAGUAUUGGAGUCUCAGCUUCACGAUCUGUCCUUCCAGUGAGCACUCAGGGCUGAUUUCCUUCAGAAUGGAGAGGUUUGAUCUUCUUGCAGUCCAUGGGACUCUCAAGAGUCUCCUCCAGCACCAUAAUUCAAAAGCAUCAAUUCUUCGGCGAUCAGCCUUCUUUAUGGUCCAGCUCUCACUUCAGUACAUCACUACUGGGAAAACCAUAGCUAUAACUAUAUGGACCUUUGUUGGCAAGGUGAUGUCUCUGCUUUUUAAGAUGCUGUCUAGGUUUGUCAUUGCUUUUCUCCCAAGGAGCAGGCGUCUUUUAAUUUUGUGGCUGCUGUCACCAUCUGCAGUGAUCAGGAAGCCCAAGAAAGUAAAAUCUCUCACUAUGUGUCCAGGAUUUUUAAACCCUGGAAACAAUUUAGGGCAGGGCCCCUCCCCCUGCAGACAUUUGGCAGCUGUUUUGUGGGGGGGGGGCAGAGUUGUGGGGCUGCCUGCAGUAACCUGAGGGCAUGAGCCCCGUCUCCUUCCCCCAUGGAAUUGGGGGUGAGAACAGCCGGAAGGGUCCUGCUGAUGGGAGUGGAUUUGCUAAACCAGGAUGGGGUAACCUGUGACCUCAAAGAGUCCCACUGCCAUCAACCUCAGCCAGCAUCAUUAAAUUGAUAUGCCACCCUUCAGGUGAAGAUCACAGGGUGGUUAGCAACAUAAAAACACAAAAGACAUGACAUAAUAGAAAAGGAUUAACCCACCAUCACCUAACAUGGAUUGGUUAAUCAGCCAAAGGCCUGGUUGAAGGGGAACGUUUUCGCCUGGUGCCUAAAAAUAUGUAAAGAAAGCACUAUAUCACUGAGGACAUCUGAGCCUAAAGCGAUAGCAAAGGAUCCCUCCCCAAACUGAUGCCAAAGUUUGGGGCUAGUUUUGUGCUGCCCCGCAAAAAACCCUGAGUAAUUAUCACUCAAACCGGGGUCACAAGUAAAUGGCCCCAAACCCAACCUUGUCCCGUGAGCUGUGUAACGCCAUCAAGGGCAGGCAGCCCCUCAUCCAUCUGGUCUAGGGAACUGCCCGCUUAACACUUGCAUCAGUCUUAAUCUGGAUUGGGCUUCAGUUUGUUGGCUCUCAUUCACUCCAUUACUGGGGCAAGACGGCGGUCCAGCCCAUCCACUGUAGAUGUGGAGGAGAGGCAUGUGCCGUCGGCCUAUUGCUGACAACGUGCUCCAAAAAAAAGCACCAUCAAGCAGUUGGUCCCUUUCCCGCCCCGACCUGGCCACAGUAAUCCAUGCGAUGGUCACCUCCAGGCUUGAGUACUGUAAUUCGCUCUACGCGGGGCUGCCCUUGAAACUGUCCCAGAAACUCCAGCGGGUGCAGAAUGCUGCAACGAGGCUCCUCACGGGGUCUCUGCCAUGGGAGCAUAUUCACCCAGUGCUAUACCAGUUGCACUGGCUCCCGGUGGAGUACAGGGUCAGAUUUAAGGUGCUGGUUUUGACCUUUAAAGCCCUUCACGGCCUAGGACCCUCGUACCUACGGGACCGCCUCUCCCGGUCUGCCCCACGGAGAGCCUCAAGGUCCAUAAGUAGCAACACCCUAGUGAUCCCGGGCCCUAAGGAAGUUAGAUUGGCUUCAACCAGAGCCAGGGCCUUUUCAACUCUGGCUCCAGCCUGGUGAAACGCUCUGCCUCAUGAGACCAGGGCCCUGCAGGAUCUGAUUUCUUUCCGCAGGGCCUGUAAGACAGAGUUGUUCCGCCUGGCCUUUGGCUUGGAGCCAAUUGGAUUCCCUCCCUCCCUCUCUUUCUUUUUUCUUUUCCUUCUCCUCCUGCGAUGAGGCAUUUUAAUGUUUCAAUAUUUUAAUGUUGUAUUUUAAUUUUGUUUUAAGUUGUAAUCAUUCAACUUGUUUUAUUAUUGCUUGUUAGCCGCCCUGAGCCCGGCCUUGGCUGGGGAGGGUGGGGUAUAAAUAAAAUAUUAUUAUUAUUAUUAUUAUUAAACUUGGCGGUUUCACGUAGAUGUUAAACAGUUUUGGGGGGAGGAAUGGGGGCUCCGCCAACUGCCUGCACCCUUCCCACUUGCUCUCUCUUCUCUCCCCAUCCCCCUUUGCUCUCCCCUCCAGGCCGCCGAAGCGUUUCUCGUCUUCCUGUUGGAGGAUGCCUACCUCUGUACCAUCCACGCCAAUAGGGUCACCCUCCACCCCAAGGACAUUCAGUUGGCUCGGCGGAUCCGGGGCAUUCAGGGCGGCUUGGGCUAGCAUCCUGCCUCCGAGGGAGCAGCGAAAAGGCAACCGGGAGCAUCCCAGAAACUGCCACGUGCUCAGGGGCCUCCUUCAGGCUGGGAGCGGCUGGCUUGGACCUAAAAGCCCCUGUCAGGGUGGCAGCGCGGCCUCAGCUCUUUGGCUCCCUCCUUUUUCCCGCCUGCUUCCUGCCCCAGCUCCUCCCUGAGGUGACUUAAUGUGGGGCAUGAUGGGGUGGGAUCCGGGGUGGGAGUGUUGGGUUGUCAUAUGCGGUAGGGGGCAGAAUCAGAAAGGGGUCCUGUUCAGCUCCAAGUGAAUUGCUUUUAAAGCCCUGUUUUGACUCCAGCGAGGGAGACGCUUGACCUGUGACCCCUCCAGAUGUUGCGCAGCUGACCAUUGGUGAUGCUGGCUGGAGCUGAUGGUUGUGGGCAGCCACGAGUUCCCCCCUCCUUGCUUUUAAAAUCUUUCUCAUGGAAAGUCAGUGGAGCUUUGCCAAAGUUGCUCUCACAAUUUUUUUACUUAAGCCUCACCAGCACUGUGUGUUUAAAGCAGUAUCAUGCCGCUUUUAACUAGCCCCCCAAGAGACCCGGGAGCUGUAGUUUAGGGGUGCACAGAGUGACAAUUCCCAGAGUUCCCUGCGAAGAGGGAUGGAUUGCUAAACUUCUCUCUUAAGAAGUAGGGGGCGCUCCUACCAAUUCUCAGCAGCCUUAACAAGCUACAGUUCUUUGAUUCUUUGAGGGGAAACGACGAGUGCUUAGAGUGGUUACGAUACUGCUUUAAAUGCAUAACGCAGAUGUGGCUUUGGAGCUGUGUUUCCCAGGCUUGGGCGUCCAGCUGUUUUCAGACUACAACUCCCAUCAUCCCUGACCGCUGGUCUUGCAACUAGGGAUGAUGGGAGUUGUGGUCCAAGGGCAACUGGAGACCCAAAGUUUGGGAAACACUGCUUUAGAGUUUGCUUCGUUUUUUAAACAUGAAGUUUUAUCUUAACUGCUCUUGUUGCCACUGGAUGUCCCUUCUACUCACUGCCAUGCUUGCCCCCCCCAAGUGGAUGCUCUAGCAUGGCUCUUGUCAAGAUGGGCCCCUCCGGACAUUUUGGACUACAGCUCCCAUACGCCCAAAACCUCUGAAGGGUCUCAGGCCAGCGCAUUCCGUGUCCUGCUGAUAUUCUGCCAUCUAUUUUAUCUCUUCCCGCUUUAUUCUCUCAUUUCGCACCAGAAACGCGAACAUUAUUGGAGGGGAGGAAAAAAUGCUUUAUCUCCAGCUGGACAUGGAGGGAAAGCAAGUUCGCCUCAGACCUGAUCCCUGCCAAAAACUAGGGAAUGAAAAAUCCUGUCGCAAACCAGGGCAAAUACACACAGGUCCUUUUCUAAACCAACAGUGAAUUCCAGGGCAGCAGAGCAGGGAUGGAGGGAGAGACGCAGAAUGAGUGAACCUCUUUUUCUUUUUAAACGUUGCAAGAUGUUUUCCGUCAAAAUUUGAAUAAAGCG